UGGUGUUCUGACACCAAUGUAAACAAAAAUGAGUCCAAAAUUUGACUUUUGACUUUAUUUUGCAUUUAUGUAGACACGCAACAAUUUUAAACAAUGCCACUUGGAAUAGAUAGAUCAGACUUCCUUGUCGAGAAAAAUAAAAAGUUGGAGAGAGAUUUGCGAGCCAAGAAUGAGAGAAUUAUUUCCUUGGAGACAGAAAAUGCCAUGUUAUACUUGAAGCUUGCUCAGUUGCGAAGUAAUCUGCAGUCAAGCAGGGAGGAAGUCUCUGGACUGCAAUUAUCGUAUGAUGGCGAGACAAAAUUCCGUCAGAAUGUCAUAGAGUCGGCCCUAAAGUUCAAACAGGAACUUGAGCAAAUCAAGAGAAAGCUCUCAGCUUUACAGAGGGUGGCCGUUGACCUGCCAGUACAAAUACAGAGUGAUAUCAAACAUGCAAACUCUGUCAUCCAGCGUCAUCGCCAUCUGUUUGCUUCCCAGACGUCAAGUUUAUCCACCAUGCAGGAUCAAGUAGGUCAUCUUCAGGAAGCUUUACAAGAUGUGACAGAUAGGCAUGCGAAAGAAAAGAAACGACGACAGGAGCUGCAUAAUUUAUUAAUGGAGUUAAGGGGUAAUAUACGUGUUCAUUGCCGUGUUCGACCACUCAUGGACUUUGACAGUGGAGGAGAGGACAGUAAAAUGUUGGGCAGUUCCGGUACUAAGUCAGAAGUUGUGGUUCAUUACAUGGAUGAUGAAAAUGUAUGUGUAAGAACCACAAAACAUAAUAAAGUUUUUGAAUAUGAAAGGGUAUAUGCUCCUGCAGAAGACCAGGAAUCAGUGUUUGAUGAGGUUCAGCCAAUGAUUACAUCUCUUUUAGAUGGGUACAACAUCUGUAUUAUGGCAUAUGGGCAGACAGGAAGUGGAAAGACCCACACUAUGCUGGGAAGUCACAAGAACGAAGACUACCAUUUAAGGGCUGAACCCCAUAAAGAUGAAGGGGUGAUACCCAGGGCUGCUAGGGAACUAUUCAGGUUGAUAGAAGAAAAGCCAGUGGGUACUCAUACUGUAGAAGUGUCCGUGGUGGAGAUAUACAAUAAUGACAUCCGUGACCUGCUGAGCGGAGAUCCCAAUGCCAAACACGACGUGAUCACAGGAGCUGAUGGAGCCUUACAUAUUCCAACACUUACAUCAAAGAAAGUAAACAAGAUCCAGGAUGUGAUGUCAUUUGUUCAGUAUGGUUUACGAACACGACGAGAGUCGGCGACCAUGGUACACGAGCAUUCCAGCAGAUCUCACCUGAUUGUAACAUUGACGGUAAUCUCUCAGGCACCAAGUUUCUUUGCCAAACCUCAGACUCCUACCCCAGACCAAAACCCAGGCUGGUUAAAACGUAGAACAAUGCAGUACAGAUGUGGUGUGGCAGGUUCAACUCCCCCUGGUGGGCGUGACAGAAGAGGUAGGUCACUGUCAUUGAUGUCAACACCAAGCUUCUCAGGGACACAGAUUGAGCAGCCACAGCAGCCACCUAGCACCCCUGCAGUGAUCAAGACAAAGUUACAGUUGGUAGAUCUCGCUGGCAGUGAAUGUGUUGGUAUGUCAGGUGUCACAGGGGCUGCACUGAGAGAGGCCUCUUACAUCAACAAGUCCCUUUCAGCCCUUGCUGAUGUCUUAGGGGCCCUAGCAGAACAGAGCAGAUCUCAUGUACCAUACAGAAACAGCAGGCUUACACACUUCCUUCAGGAUUCUAUAGGUGGUGAUGCAAAGUUACUAGUCCUUUUAUGUGUAGCUCCAGCUCAGCGAUAUAUCACGGAGACAUCUCAGUGUUUAGGGUUUGGACAGAGGGCGCGGCAGGUUCAGAGAGGCCCAACCAAACGUAGACUUCCAUCGUCAGCAGAGAAAGUAGGGGGCUCGGACAGGCCAGGUACAGGCCCUGGAAGAGUGUCUUACAGAUCCUAGUCUAUCAUUUAGUAAAUACAAAAAAUCUACUCCCUAAAUGUUCAUUCCCAGUGUUUAACCUAUUAGAACUUCAACAAAAAUACUUGGGGUUAAUUGGGAUACUUUACUUUGUCAACAAAAGCAUACUAAUUAACCCUUGUAUAUUGAUGUAGUGCUGAAGUCUUACAUGUGUUUUUGCUGUCAAACAGUUUUUUAGACAGAAUAACAAGUACUAAUAUGUUGCCAAAAUACCUCACAGGGAGUAUUUUUGUAGAAGAGAUUUUCUUUUUAUUUUUUGAUAUUUUUAGCUCACCUGUUACAUAGUGACAAGGUGAGCUUUUGUGAUCACCCUUCGUCCGUCGUCUGUCGUCAGUCCGUCCGUGCGUCCGUCAACAAUUUCGUGUCUGCACGAUAGUGGUUUCAUUUAUGAUUUUAUUUUAACCAAACUUGCACACAACUUGUAUCACCAUGAGGUCUCGGUUCUUUUCUUGAACUGGCUAGAUCCCAUUAUGGGUUCCAGAGUUAUGGCCCCUGAAAGGGCCAAAAUUAGCUGUUUUGAUCUUGUCUGCACAAUAGCAGCUUCAUUUAUGAUUUUAAUUUAAUCAAACUAACACAAAACUUGUGUCACUAUAAGAUCUUGGUUCCUUUCUUGAACCAGCCAGAUCCCAUUAUGGGUUCCAGAGUUAUGGCCCCUGAAAGGGCCAAAAUUAGCUAUUUUGAUCUUGUCUGCACAAUAGCAGCUUCAUUUAUGAUUUGAAUUUAAUCAAACUUGCACAAAACUUGUGUCACCAUAUGAUCUCGAUUCCCCUUUUAAACCGGCCAGAUCCCUUAAUGGGUUCCAGAGUUAUGGCCCCUGAAAGGGCCAAAAUUAGCUAUUUUGACCUUGUCUGCACAGUAGCAGCUUCAUUUUUGAUUUGAUUUUAACCAAACUUGCACACAACUUGUAUUACCACAAGAUCUUGGUUCCUUUCUUGAACUGGCCAGAUUCCAUCAUGGGUUCCAGAGUUAUGGCCCCUUAAAGGUCCAAAAUUGGCUAUUCUGGCUUUUGCAGUCAUAAAGAUACUUCGUUUAUGGUUUUAUUUGAUACAAACUUCCAAAAUAUCUUCAACAACAAUAAAUCUUGGAUUCCAUGACAAAUCAGAUCCGAUUGUAGGUUCCAGAGUUAUUUUAUAUCUGAUUACCACCCCUGAUUGUAAUCAAAAUGUCAUUAGUUGGACUGAGCCAAUCCGGGUAGAUAACUAUGGACUGAUUUUAUGUCAAAUUACCUCCCUUUAUUUCAAAUUAAAAUGGGUAUAUGUCCGUAACUAAUGAAGAUACUGAUCUGAAAUUUCAUUUAUGUCAACAGAUUUAUUUGGCGGAUCCUUCUUUUGUUCACUUACAAUAAUUGUUUUUUUUAAUUACUUCCCUUUUACGUUACUAUAAAUAGCUUAUUUUUAGUAACUUUUUUAUUAUUGGCCGUAGGGAAAAACCGAGACAACUUUUCUGUGGUACAACAUGGAUGGUACCUCCAAUAUUUAGGUGUAUUUUGACAUAUCUGUAUGUUGUAAGAAAUUUUUUUCUUUUUGGUUAAAUUUCUUCUCUUUGUUGUUCCUGUCCUUUGUGGACUUAGAUAUUUUUUUCUGAGGACCUUCUUGUCCUCAAGUGUAAUGAUAACAGGUGAGCGAUAUAGGGCCAUCAUGGCCCUCUUGUUCUGACAUUCUCAAUCAGAUAUAGAAAUGUAUUUUUUUUUUUUUACAUUAAGCAAAGUAUUAUUAUAGCAUUUAAAAUUAACAUUAAGUAAACAUUUACAAUUAAAAUUAACUUAAAAUAUGACAAAUCUCUUUUGUGGUUUGAAGUUAUUUUAAUGGCAAAUGUGAUUAUUUUAUAAUUAAGGCGUUUGAUAUUCAUAAAAAAUACAGCUGAUAAAUAGUUCUUUAUGUUUAGUAAUGAUAUUCAAAAUUGUCACAAAAUAAACUUUAAACAAUAAUGAAAAACAACAGAAUCAAGACUAUUUAAAUUAAACUUUGAUCAGAAUGCAUUUCCUGUUUAUACCUUGGCAUCAGUUUUUAUCUAUUUUUAGCAUAAAAAUUAAAGCCUUAUGAAACUUUAACUCAAGUGUUCAGUAUUUUUUUCAUGAUCAGUCUGACUGUUUGUUAUAACACAUGUUGUGGGUGUUGAAAUUUUAUUUGCGUAGUACCUAUAAUAGGGUUAUCUUUAAUUCAUUUGAGCACAGAAUGGAUGAUAUAUGUGCUCAAGUUAUAUGCCAUUGCUUGUUUAUAUUACACUCAUUAUUGUAUUAAAAUGUGUAGGUAUAUAAUAUAGUAUUACAUGAUAUUUGUGUUUGUGUAUGCAUGUUGAAGAAUACCAAGCUUUUGCUUAUAUUUGUUCGAGAAUGUUAAGGACCAAAUAUUUUGCUUUUGGUGAUAUGUAUUGUAGAAUGUCAGGAUUCAUUAGUUGAAGAAUGUCAAGGACAAAAUAUUUUGUCUUUGCACAUGCUAAGGACCAAAUAGUGUGUUUUUGCUGAUACAUGUUCAAGAAUGUCAAGGACUAAAUAGUGUGCCUUUGUUGAUACAUAUUCAAGAAUGUCAAGGACCAAAUAUUGUGCCUUUGUUGAUGCAUACUGUAGAAUGUAUGGAUAUACAGGUAUUUGUUGAAGAAUGUCAAGGACCAAAUAUUGUGCCUUUGCUGAUACAUGUUCAAAAAUGUCAAGGGUAAAUAUUGUGAUUUUGUUGAUUAAUGUUCAAGAAUGCCAAGGACCAGAUAUUGCUUUUUUGUUUGCCUUAUUUAUUUUUUAUGUAUUUGCUAGAAAUUUUAUACAAGAAUUGUGUGAUAUUUUUGUACAGAAAAUAAAUAUUGAAAAAGCU